AUGGCUCGUUCUAGCAAAGGUCGAUGGUUGGCAAAACCAUGCAGCAAAGUCGCAGCAGAAACUGAUAAUGGAGGAAAUUCGACAUCUUCUCCAGCGAACAAAGAGUCUUCCGCCACCAGUCCGAGAAGCUUGACUUCGACCAUGGUGUCUAGUCCAGUUUCCUCGGUGAAGCAUUUGAUUCCAUCCCUGUCAGCUCUGGCGGUGCCACCAUUUACACCCACAGCGGCUCUUUCUGCGUCUGAUAACUUGGAGGUGGAUGCUCCCCCACCCAUAUUUGCUUAUGAAAUGAAGAGCAAAGAUAAAGAGUGUUCACCGGGAUAUUGGCUGAUGGAAUCCGAAGGCAUACGACCAAUCCAGUUGCUUUUGAACCGGUUACAAUCAUGGCAAGUGCUGCUGAAACGAAUCUAUGAUCAUUUUGUGCUGUAUGCCACGGUCGAAAGUCAGGUCACGAAAUCCUACCAGAAAAUGGAUCAAGCCUUGUUCUUCAAGCAGCCCAACGAGGAGUCAUCAUCUUCGCAAAAUGGAUCGGACAAGGAUUUUCUGUUGCAUGAAAAUUUCUCGCCAAAGAUCGGUAUUCGUGCUGUGCUCGAAGCAUGGCAGCAUCAUCACCGAUCCAAUGCACGGCAGCAUUCGGAGCUGGAGAAUUUUCUACGGCUGAGAGCGCUUCCCAAGCUUGCCAUGAUGAAAAAGGAACUAAAACGCAUGAUUGGGUCUGUCCGAUGUGAUGAUCGCUUAACUCUCUCCACCCUUUGCAAGUUGAAGGAAGAAGCUGCCCGUCGCGUAGCUCGACUCAAUAAGCAGCUCACAUGGUUCGAUGAUCAUCCGCAUCUGGCUCACACUCAGCAGGAUCCCUGGUUGAUGAAUUCAUCGGUGGUGAAGCAGCUUACCAAGGUGUAUCAGCACGAAAACAAAAUCCAUGACACCGUGUUACGACUGCAGCGACAAGUACGCCGAUCGGAAGAAAAUAUAGUAGAAGAGAUGCGUCAGCUGUGCCUGGAGAUGGAUGAGCUGUACAAAGACAAGUGGCCAAGAAACUACUCUGGUAUCCGGUCAAUCAUGCAGUUAUUUGAUGGUAUUCAAAAGCAUGACGAUUGGUAUCAUUUCGUGGACCGGUGCAAAGACCAGUUGGUAUCCGAUCGUGCAGGGUUCCGUCAUCCCGAAAAAUUGCGCUAUCAGAAUCACAAUCACCCAUUGCUGCAACCUCUUUUUGCUGCACGUAUGGAACGCAAAUCGUCUGUGCUCCAGCAAUGGCAGGAACAUAUUUAUGUACUCACUCCUGCCGGGUUUUUGCACGAGUACAAGCAUGCCAAGAAUUACCCCGCGCGACCCGAUUGCUCUCGUUACGUGCCUCACUUUAAAGUGACUACCUUGUCAAACAAUUUACAAGAUAACCUCAUUUUCCGGCUUCAGCCUGGUACAGUCUCACACGCUACGGACGGAAGCAUACCGAUUCUGGCCAAUGAAUGGAUUUCAACCGCACCGAGUAUCAUGAACAAAGCCAGCCCUAACCGAGGAUUGACCUUGCGAGCGCAAUCCGCGGAACAUAUGCAAGUAUGGCUAAGCCAUCUCUUUCGCUUGUCUGAUGUAUCGACUGCCCAUCGGCCAAUCCGAGCCCUUCCCAUGCGAUCUCACACGACACCUUCCAUCGUUUCUUCUGAUCAAGCCACUGCAAGAAGCUCCAAAGAAACGAACCGUUACAUCAGUCCUGGAGGGUCUUUGAACCCAUCCGUCAUGUUCUCUUCCACCAGACUAGCACCCAACGUUCCCGAUUCGCCCCGAACAGGCCAAAUGCGAAAAGUAUUGCUGGAUAUGAUAAAUGAAAAUGCAUCUUUAGACAGUAAAUGA